GACAUUGACAUUGUUAUCAAAACAUUAACCUCAAUUUUUUUAUUUUCUAUUUACAGUAUUUACACAAAUGCAAUAUCGUUCGAUCCUAAUUAACCCGUAAUAACAGCAAUUAAAUAACAUCACUCACUGUUUGCACAAGGUCAACAAUUUGAUUAUUCAUGCUCAUUCUAAAUACAUUGACUAUACUCCUUCAGAUAAUCGUGGUAGGGUUUGUGUCUAUUCUGUCGAUGAAUAUAGUGAGACAGUUUACUGGUGUCGCUCGUAAAAUGGCUGUAUUGGCGCCUGCUAUAUUCGUGAACCACGGAGGGGGCCCGAUGCCCUUACUGGGGGACGAGGUACACGCAGGACUCACGAAAUUCUUGCGAGACGACGUUCAAAAACACAUCAAUCUAAAAGAGUGGAAGGCUAUUAUCCUGGUCACAGCGCACUGGGAGGAGUCGCAAGUAACGAUUUCGUCGGGUAAACACCACGAUCUAUACUUCGACUACUACGGUUUCCCGCCAGAAUCCUACAAAUACAAGUAUGACGCCCCGGGUGACCCUGAGACUGCUCAGAGAGUGCACAAUGCAUUGAAAGACGCGGGAAUCAAGUCGAAACUCGACUCUCAACGAGGUUGGGACCAUGGAGUCUUCGUUCCCAUGAUGCUGAUCAACCCUGAAGCUAACAUACCAAUCAUUCAAAUAUCAGUUCUUGAAAAUCAGGAUCCGAAACAACAUUACGAGAUUGGGAAAGUGUUGCAACAGUUUCGGAAAGAGGGCAUUGCUAUUCUGGGAUCCGGGAUGUCCUACCACAACAUGAGAGAGUUCCGAUACGGCAGAUACAAGGAUGCUGCAGUGAAUAAGGAGUUUGAUGAUUAUUUAACAAAAGUCUGCACGGCGGAAAAUGAGUCUGAGAGAAAAGCGGGUUUGUUAGCUUGGAGGGAUCAGCCAGGGGCUUCAGAAGCUCAUCCUCCUCAUGCAGCCGAGCACUUCAUGCCGUUAGUAGUGAUUGCCGGGGCUGGGGGCUCCAAGCCCGCUGAGAGGAUAUUCAACUGGGAUAUGAGUGGGGCAUUUCGACUAAGCUCUUAUAUUUGGAACGGGGAAUGAAUGGUAUUUGAAUGUAGGAGUUAAUGGAGCUGUUAAUAAUUUUCUAAUGUGUCUUAAUUGUUAUUUAAUUGUGUAAAUGAAUUAGGUAACUUAGUAAUUACCUACAACACAACUUAGAUAUUAAUAAUGCCAAUGCUAUGUAGUAAAAUAAACAUGAUAAAAUGUAUUCUUAUGCCUUCAAUAAUAAAUUAAUAUGAAAUUGUAUUUUUGUACUUAUAUUUAGGUACCUAUUGUGAUGCAGUGCAAUAAAUGUACAAAUAAUGAUUAAUAAAUUAAAUUAAAUCUCUUAUAUUUUAUUUAGGAGGGUGGAGGGACCAAAUAUUAUAACUUCUAGUAUACCUACCAAUACAAUAAAAUCGUGUUGCACUAUUUA